AUGUCAUCUACUGUUCUGCCAGAUAACUCGGCCUUUCAGUCACCGCCAUUGAACUUUGCCAUUUCUCCUGUACCGAAUAAGAAUCCAAUUGACGAGGGACGGCAUAUAAAGACAGCUGCAGCGCUCAUCAUUGGGGACGAAAUUCUGAAUGGAAAGACGCUCGACCGGAACUCCAACUACUUUGCACGGUUCUGUUUUGAGCAUGGUAUUCAGUUGAAACGCAUAGAGGUGAUAGCAGAUGAUGAAGCUGAAAUCAUCGAGGCCAGCCGGAGAAUGGUGCAAAUGUACGACUUUGUGGUAACGACGGGCGGUAUUGGACCCACCCACGAUGAUAUAACAUAUACAUCAUUGGCGAAGUCUUUUAAUCAGGGCCUCGUAUAUCAUAAAGAGACGCUCGCUCGAAUGGAGGAGUCUGGCAAAUAUCGGGCUUGGGUAUCAAAGCAGAGCGAGGAACAGCGAACGGCACGCAAACGUAUGGCACUGUUCCCCGAUGCUGCUGAGGUGCUUUUCGUCGCAAGUGAUAUAUGGGUGCCCGUCGUCCGACUACAAGGGAGACUCUGCAUAUUUCCAGGAAUACCCAGCCUCUUUCAAAAGAUGCUAGAUAACCUAAAACCAUUCCUUCCUCUCCCGCCUGAAGAGGAGCGACCUUUCCGACUCCAAGUCUUCACGGCAUUACCCGAGUCAUCCAUUGCCCCUUUCCUCACUGACCUCCAAAAGCGGGUGCAACCCGAGGGUAUUCGGAUAGGCUCGUAUCCGGUCCUACAGAAAGGUGUGUACGUGUCGCUCAUAGGCGCAGACCGUGGCCGUGUGCAUGAGCUCGGCGUAGAGGUUGAGAAAGAAGUGGAGGGACGUGUUGUCAGCGAGGCAGAAGCGGAAGCCAAGCGGCAAUUGGGUUGCCAGUGA